AUGGCGAUAUGGAGCGGCAAUCCAGGAGCUGAGUGGACUCAGAACAAGUCUAUUCCUGGCCGCAGCUGGCCGCGGGGAAGAAGAAGUGGGAAAGGGAGGAAGGAUGGGGAGGACCCACCAGCCCAGCCAGGCUGGGCCCGCAGACUGGACCGACUUUCCCAAAAGGAGAAGUGGAGACUGACCAGCGAAGCUCCAUCCGUUCCCCAAACGGAGCCCACCCCGGGCCCUUCCGUAGUGAGGCGUGGGAUCAAAGGACUUCUGCAAUCUGAGGGUGACACCUGCAGCUCCAACCCAUCCUUCUGGGGGAUGGCCGCUGGGGAGAUCUGCAACGGCCGGAGAAGUCGAAUAACAGCUACCGGACAAGGCCAAGGAAGGAGCCUGAGCCCCAGGUGCAUCCCGGAAGAUCCUGCCCCCUGGUCCAACCCCGCCUCCCAAGGACGCGUUGGUGCGGACAGGACUGGACAGAACGGCUGGAGGAAUCGGCUCCCCACUGGAGACCCAUCCAAGCCUUCCCCACGCCCAACUGUGUUUGACUGGCUCUCUCCCCCUGGCCGGGCUGCGGCACACCUCGUCGGCCAACCGACGCUCACAUCUGUCCCCAGGAAAGCCACAGCCCAGCCCCGAACCGGACCACCCAACCCCGUGGACAGUGGAGGACUGACCAGCUACUCACCUGGUGUUAUGGACACACAUAGAUUGAUUGCGCCGGCCCCACCAUGAGGGAAUCGGUUGGCACUGGGCUGCUGCCCCCUGGCCACCGCUCCCCCGGCCCCCCAACCCCCAACUGUAUCCCCUCCUUCCAGACAAUGCCAUUUCUUUUAGGAGUCAAGGGUCAAACCCUGCAUCAUGGGUGCCAAAGCAGUCUCUUGCAACUCUAGGAGGCGAUGGAGGUGUGUGCGUGUGAGUGUGUGUCUGUUUCUUGUGUGAGAGCGAGGGCUGGGACAGGAGCAGGGCGAGAGGGGCUGCCCCACUUCGGAGGGGUAAAGGUUUCUGGAAACGGGGGUCUAGAGUCCUUUGCCCGUACUCCGUGGACCUCAAGACCGGGCGUGAAGUCGUGCCGGGGCCCUUAAUUCUAUAGUCAGUGCGACUUCCUCCCGCUCUGGUCCGUUGGGAGUUCUCGGGCCUGCUCUGGCUUCAAGAGUACAGACUCUCUUUCCCACCGAGGGGCGUGCCCAUGGGGGAGCGGGGGACAGGGACAGAAGUAGUGGGGUGUGUGUGUGUGUCUAUCUGUAUGCAGGUGUCACUACUCUAUGUCCUCCAUCCCUCCUGGCUGAGCACAAUAGGGGGGGAGAGGACUAGCAGCAAAUUCUAAAGUGGGAAGAUGCAGAAUGGUUUUCCCCCCCAAUCCUACCAACAGAAGUGGCACGGUCUGGCCCCCUCCUCUCCUCCUCCCCUCUCUAUCCCCUUGGCUGCCUGGGCUCUGUAAGCCCAUCUACAUCUGUAUGGAAUAAAAUGGAUAUUUUUUUUUGGUC